GCGUCAUUGUUAUUGUCGCACUCGGAGGUGCAGCUGCUAACACAGAUUUCGCCACCACUGAGCUUAUUUUUAAGGCCUUUAACAAGUCCGUAAAGAAUCGACUGGCGACACAGUAUCGUUACAAUGUCACUUCAGAAGGACGUUCCAUCUGAUGAGAGUUUGCAAGGUUCCUGGGUUGAGCUGCACUUCAGCGGCACUGGGUCUCAAGCUACUAGUCAUCACGGAAGCCAGGAGCAAAUCCCCACUUACAGCCAGGAAGGUGACGUGGAGAAAAUGCUGCUAGAAGCACAGCAUGAGUCAGGGAGGAACAGCUCCAGAGGAAGCUCCCAGUGUAACAGUCCACUUAGAUCUCUGACUCCUCUUCUUCUCUGGAGAGGCUCAGAAGGGAACAGCUCACAGUCAGAUGAAGACUUCCAAGAAAGAAGACGGGAAGUCGAGAACCUGAUGAAGAAAAAUGCUGACUGGAUUUGGGACUGGUCGAGUCGACCUGAGAACAAUCCACCCAAGGAGUUCCUGCUGAAGUACCCUAAGCGGGCGACCUCUCUCAGCAUCAGAAAUACCAGCGUCAUGAAGAAGGGAGGCAUUCUCUCAGCUGACUUUCUGAAGCUUUUUCUUCCCUCGUUAAUCAUUUCCCACAUACUUGCUGUUGGACUAGGGAUAUAUAUCGGGAGGCGCCUAACUUCCCACAACACCUACUGAGUAGGAUGGUGGUGUAUUGAAACACCUUGUCACAUUCCUGUGACCAGCUUAGCAUGCCUUAAAAAUGGGACAUUCUGAAGAUCACGGGAGACGUGGACAUGUUACACAGUACAUUUUAAUCAAGUGUGCCACCUCACCCAUAGCGGUUUCAAGAGUUAUUGUCAGUCAUUGCUGUCCCAGUGUCAAUACCUGAUGACAGCACUGACCAAUCCUCUGUUCUUGCUGUAGUCCCCUCCCUGGCCUGGUUAUGACUGUUGUGCUGCUUCCUGCUUCUCAUAUCUGCACAGAACUGAUGCGUCAAAGCCUUUUUAAGAGAUGAGAAAUUACUUGAUUUUAAAUCACAUCGUUGAUUAUAUUUUGUAAGAUCAGCAAUUGAGGAAACAUUUUUGUUUUUACUUUUUCUUGUUGUCAAAGGGAUCAUUAGCAUAGUGUUUUAAGUAAUGGCAUUUAUUACUGAUUGCUCAAUUUGUGCAAAUGUAAAAUGUGAGGAGAAUCACUACGUUAGUUGAUUAAGCACAAGCAUGGUCCACUUCUUUGUAAAUGAAAUAAAGAGUAUAAAACGUG